UUUGCGGCACUUUAAUUCCCUUCUUACGGGGGGCUUCACUUCCGUUUCCUCUUCGUCACUGCCACACAAAAGUGAAAAGACAAAAAAAAUGAAUACAUCGACACCGCUCAACUCGCCCAGCGAACGAUUUAACCUGCUGUUUGUAACCUUGCCUGACCGACGCCGCUAAGCUAGCGUAGUGUUUUUCAUCUCCUGUUUAGACCAAUAUGAGCAGCCUGUGUGUGUUUGCGUUCAGAGGAGUGAGCUUACAAAGUACGCAGAGGGUCUUAUCUCGUUAGCUAGCGUUAGCCCUGCACAGCUGCCAUCUGUGGCCCGCUCUGGCUGUAUCAAUCACGGCAAAGGGUACUUUUCAAUUAGCUACGGUAAAUUAACAAAUCCUCUGUCAUUUAUUACUGCUUACGUACACACAGUGUAACGUUACAGUUCAAUUACUAGCUAAGCUUAGCAAGCAGGUGGUGCUACAAAGUCAUGGGUGUGCAGCUGAGGUGAGAUUCAGCACCAUGAAUCUGUUACGUCUAGUAUGCCGCCACAAGACAGCCCUGGUCAUUGGCACUGUGUGCAGCUUUGCUGUCGUUCUGGUCUUCUUGGCCAAAUGUACCUCAGAAACCCUGAAACAGGGCCACCAGGAUCCUCCAGGCUUAGCCCCUCAUGCCAGUGCUUUGCAAUCCCAUCCAGAGCAGCACAAUCCCCCUUCCACAUCCAAAGAAUUGUCAGCAUUCCUUGUGGUCCUCAUCACAACCGGGCCGAAGUACACAGAGCGGAGGAGUAUCAUCCGCAGCACCUGGCUGGCCAAGCGGGACUCUGAUGUUCUGGCUAUGUUUGUGGUGGGAACUCAGGGACUUUCCAACGAGGACCAUCAGAACCUUAACACAGAGCACGGAAGGCACAAGGACUUGCUCUUACUGCCUGAGUUGCGAGAUUCUUAUGAGAACUUAACACUCAAGCUGCUGCACAUGUACACCUGGCUGGACCAGAAUGUAGAGUUCAAGUUUGUCCUUAAAGCAGAUGAUGACACAUUUGCUCGCUUGGAACUCCUUAAGGAGGAGCUAAAGGGGAAAGAGCCCAACCGGUUCUAUUGGGGCUUCUUCUCAGGGAGAGGGCGAGUGAAAACAGCUGGGAAGUGGCGGGAAAGCUCUUGGGAGCUUUGUGACUACUACCUGCCCUACGCACUGGGUGGGGGCUACGUCCUCUCUGCUGACUUAGUACGUUAUGUGCAUCUUAACGCAGGCUACUUCAAGACGUGGCAGAGUGAGGAUGUGUCGCUGGGCGCCUGGCUGGCGCCAGUGGAUGUUCGUCGGACGCAUGACCCACGCUUUGACACCGAGUAUAAAUCGCGUGGUUGCAACAACAAAUACUUGGUGACGCAUAAGCAGAGCUUGGAGGACAUGUUGGAAAAACACCAGACCCUGCAGCGCGAUGGCAGGCUCUGCAAGGAGGAAGUCAAGCUGCGGCUGUCCUAUGUGUAUGACUGGAGUGUGCCACCCUCUCAGUGCUGCCAAAGGAAGGAUGGCAUUCCUUAAUGUUUGUCCUUUUUACAAGGCCCUGAAGUUGUCUCCUGAUUUGCCUGAUGGAUUCUUCCGGGUCAGGAAGAAGUAAGGGAAUAAUGUUUUUCGACCAAUUCUCUAGUGAUGCACAAUUUAAAGUUAUGUAACAGGUUCCAGAAAACAAAGCAAAUGCCUUAAUGUUGAUAGAAACCCCAUUCCAGAUUUGGAAAACCUUUUUUACUAAUUGUGAAAACAAAGAAGGAUAAUUUCACUGAUUUUACAUCACGCAGGAGCAGGUCUAAGCUCAGUCUUUAGAGUUUUAAUGUUAAUUUAGAAUAGGUGUGACAAAUAAAAAAUAUGGACCUGGUCCAAUGUGGUCUGGAUAGAGGAAAAUAAAUGACAUUUCAGUCUAAAGUGCUCAUAUUAUGCUCAUUUUCAGGUUCAUAAUUGUAUUUAGAGGUU